UGGUCUUACUCUAAAGCUACUCAGCAGUAUGACGUGUGUUUCAGCUCAGACACACUCAAGAGUGACGUAGUAGUUUUCCCCGCCUCGUUUCCACCUGUAGAUGGAGAACUGAUCAGUAUUAACGGAGGAGACACUUUUACCAGGACUCAGACUUUACCUAACAAAGAUAAGGUGAGUCCAUAAAAUCUACAGAUCCCUUUUCUUGGUCGUGAUUGCAUCAGUUUCCAUAGCGUGAUGCUUUUCAGUUACUGUUUUUAACAGAAAAUAUUUAACAACUGACUUAGGAGUGGUCUUGACUGUUUCAUUAUUUUUUUAAUCACUGUUGUUAGAAAUUCUGUACCUUUAAAUUCAUUUGUGCAACAGAAAUGUGCGAGAUAUUAUACCUUUGCUCCAUUAUUUUUGUCUGAUUUUAUAUUUUACUAUUCAUUAUACUUUAGCUACUUUCCUUUAACUACACAGCAUAUAGUCUCUUCCAUCCAGAUGAAAAGUCAAACGGUGCUCUCCAUGGUCCUGAAACGACAGCUAGUUUAGUUUUGCGAUCAUCUCAUUGAUUGAGCAUCUGGGCUUUCUCUGGGUUGUCUCUUUGUAAGCUGUAAUGCACUCGUAACUAUCUUUGUAUCGCAGAAAGAAAAAUUAUAUCAAUUUUGUUCUUUUUCAUGAGCCAGUAGGUGUGGAUAAUCACAGUCACCACAAGGAGACGGUAUAGACCGUAACACAACAGCUUCCGUUUUGUGUUUAACGCUCCUCCCAGAGACAGUCCACACGGUGUUGUAACAAAGAGAGUAGUAGGUGUGGGUACAUUGCGACAGCCACCCGUCUGGUCUGAAAAUUGGUGGUAUAUGUACUACAUUUGUUCGAAUUUUUUAUAGGAAUUUCAAAUUCGAAUGUAUGCCGUGUUGUGCUGAACGGAAUUAUGCCUUUAUCGUGUCGCAACUGCUUUUCGUUGAUAUACUUAAUACUUCUGAUACUGGAUUAUUGUUGUAAUGAAGCGUCUGGGCAGCUCUCUUAUUCCGUCUCAGAGGAGGUAAACUCGGGAACAGUUGUUGGAAAUAUUGCCAAGGAUUUACAUUUAAACAUACCGGAUUUGGAGACCCGUAUGUUCAGGAUUGUUGGAGGAUCUAAAAGAAAAUAUUUCGAGGUAAAUACGAAGACUGGAGUCCUCUACGUGAAUGAGAGAAUAGACAGAGAGAAGCUCUGCGGGAAAGCUGUGAGAUGUGCCGUAACUGUCGAGGCUGUGAUAAAUGAACCUUUAAUGCUGUACCGUAUAGAGAUUAAUAUUCUUGAUGUCAAUGACAAUUUUCCGCAUUUCAUUGCAAAAUCACAGAAUAUAGACAUUCCCGAAAGCACAUUACCCGGGAUAAAAUUCCCCCUACUGCAGGCCUACGAUGCAGAUGUUGGAAAGAACGGCAUCAACACAUACAGGCUGAGCUCGAAUGAACAUUUUUCAUUAGCAAUAAGCAAAUCAGGUGAGAGUAUUUCGACUGAGCUAAUGUUACAGAAAGUCUUAGACAGAGAAAAGGAACCUCUGAUUAAGCUCACGUUAACAGCCUUAGAUGAUGGAAGUCCACCGAAGUCUGGAACAUCAGAUAUUAUGAUCAAUGUUUUAGACAUUAAUGAUAACACACCAGUGUUUGCAAAGUCGCUGUAUAAAGUGCGUGUGUUUGAAAACGUACCGAUAGGCACUACAGUCCUGACUUUAAAUGCUACAGAUGCAGAUGAAGGAACAAACAAAGAAAUCAUAUAUACACUUAGCACAAAGGAGCAGGACCACGUGCUGCAGAUUUUUAAAAUCGAUCCGAACACGGGCACACUGACGGUGGAAGGAAAUGUGGAUUUUGAGGAAUACCCAGUCUUUGAGAUUCGUGCACAGGCCAGUGAUAAAGGCCAACCUCCGAUGUCCGCUCAUUGUAAGGUGCUGGUUGAAGUGUUGGACCUAAACGACAAUGCGCCUGAGAUUUUUGUGACGUCACUACUGAAUACUGUGAAAGAAGAUGCAAAAGCAGGCACCGCUGUUGCACUUGUUUCAGUGGUAGACAAAGAUGGCGGUAAGAACGGUGAAGUGCAUUGUACUGUAGAUGAAGAUGCUCCCUUUAAAUUGGAAGCAAACUAUAAAAAUUAUUACUCAUUGAUAGUGGUUGCCCCCUUAGACCGAGAGACUGUCUCUAGCUACGACGUCACCAUAAUAGCAAGCGAUGGCGGUAGUCCCCCGCUCUCAAACACCAUUAUUGUCCCUAUUCAAGUUUCUGAUGUUAAUGAUAACGCGCCUCAGUUCUCGUCAUCGAUACUUAACAUUUAUGUUAAAGAAAACUGCCACGUGGGGACAAUUCUUAAAACGGUAACCGCCUUUGAUGCAGAUAUGAACAUAAAUGGUGAAGUGACUUACAGUUUUAUGGAAAGCAAAAUUAACUCAGUCGCACUGUCUACAUUAUUAAACAUCAACUCAGAGACUGGGGAUAUAAUCACCCUUCAGUCUUUUAACUAUGAGGAGUUAAAGACGUUCCAGUUUAAAGUUCAGGCCACAGACUCUGGUGUUCCUCCACUC